GGGGGUGGCAAUAUUUGAGUGCUUUUGCAUCAUAUGAUAAUUCUGUCAGUGCUAGUUUAGUGAGUUUAGAUUUGAUUUUGGAGAGAAGCAGUCCUUAGUGCAUCAAGAUGUAUGUCAAGACGUAAAAGUGUGAACGUAUACUUUUGCUUAGUCAAAGAAACUAAUUAGACCUUCUGAUAUUUGAAAAAUUAACCCGCGACCACACAAACUAUAUACCAUAGGAGACCUAGUUUGAAAUUCAAUGUUCCAUCAUUACAAUUUGAUUUAAUAGAAGUUAUACAAUUAUUGGAUCGUAUAAAACUUCCAAGGUACUCACUUCCUCAGCGACCUAUAUCUGCAAUAGUAGCGUGUGGCGUUCGUAUGUAACGGACAUCGUGUGUACAGUGGACCACCGGCCAUUUUGUGCCUAGAAAAAUGGUCCGGAACAUACUAAAAUGGAAGUGCGCCGUGCUUUACUUAGUUACAUUAAGUGUGUUCGCAAAAUCACUCCCAAUAGACACACAAACCGCGAAUUCCAUUAUAACUACCGAAACCGCAUUUACCAACGCAAUUGAGCUGACAGUGAAAACACCAGAAGAAGUGCUCGAAGAAAAUGUCCAAGCAACCCUUGUGCAGAGAUCGAAUUUCACGAAAUCUUUUAACAUUACACGCAACACUCUAUUAAGAAACAUAAGACCUGGGCAGCAAGUACGACAAUACGUUGUAUCAAUCACAUUCGAUGACGAGGAAUUCCAUGGUCGAGCUGUAAUCGAUGUGGUAGUAACAGAUGCAACGAGAGGUGAAAAUUUAGUGUUCCAUUUCGACGAUGUCGAGAUAGACUCUGUGCAAACUGGAGUGUUUACUAUAGCGAGUGCAGUAGACGCAGACUUUGACUUAGAUGAUGGCAUACUUGAAAUCGAACCGGCGCAGGAUGCAACCUCAUACAUUGUUAUUGUGGAGUACACGGGUGAAUUAUCCAACACGGGACGUGGCCUUUACAUUGGAGAAGGACAUGAUCUCUCAUACAUAGGAAUGAACCUCCACCCGACGAAUGCCAGGCGCGUAUUCCCUUGCAUGGACGACCCUACAGAAGCGGCAACAGUCUCCUUUACAUUCAUCGAUGUCGAUUACAACAAUAUUAUAACGAAUUCCAUACUGGAUGAUAGUAAUACUGUUGCUGGAGAGAAUCAAUUCCGGACUUUAUUAGGCCCGGUUCAUACCUGGGGAAUGAUCGCACACAAUUUCAUCAACUUGAACAUCCCGACCACAAACGUCCUGUUGGUCGGCCGACCUGGUGUCUCCAACCAGGACGCUCAAUCCUCGUUGGCUAUUAAUGCCUACUUCGCGUAUUUUAAUGAAUGGACUGAUAUGGAGUUUUUCGACAUCGUCAUGAACCAAGAAACUCGACUACAUUUUCUUGCACUGCCAGAUGUGGAUAGAGAAUGGAAUACUCUCUCUACUAUCGGGAUAUGGUAA